CUGGCUCCACAAUGGACCCUAAAGACAACACUGGCGCGCUGGGCAGUGACGUAAGGCCGCGCCUGAGGCUGUACGAGAGUUAGGGUUCUCCUAGUCAGGUCUGAAUGAGUUUGACUCACUUUGGGUGGAUUCAGAGCCAUGCAGGCCCACACGAGGCAUUGAAUACCGAGCGCUGUGGGACGGAUACACAAACUGUCUGCAUACGGUAUAAAAUUCAACUGAUGUGUUCUUCUCAACACAUGUCUCCUAGAAAACUAAGUCUGUGAGUUUGGCAUAGGAAAGUUAACCACAGGAUCCGAUCAUGGGAAUGGAGCUCAAUAACAUUUGUCUCAGCGCCGGAGAUCACCUGACCUUCAAAGGGUUGAUUCUGCCCGAUGCUCAAAGGUUCCAGUUUGACCUCGGCAGUAGCAGCAAUGACUUGGCGUUCCAUUUCAACCCUCGUUUCCAUGACGACGAUGAUGGAGCCGUGCUCAUUUGCAACUCCAAGUGUGAUGGUUGCUGGGGCGAUGAGAAGCGGGAAAGUCAUAAUCCUCUAAAGCAAGGCGAGGAGGUCAAGAUUGUGUUGAAGUUUACGGGAGACAUGUUUAAGGUGGAACUUCCUGGUGGACAGACAGUUGAGUUCCCAAAUCGCGAAGGAGCCAGCUUCAUCAGCUAUGUCAGCGUGAAAGGAGACCUGCAGAUCUCUUCCUUUAAAAUCAAGAACAAUGCCUACUAACUUGAAUGGUGACACAAAUAGACUGAAUUCAAUUAACCAGCCUUUUCAUUAAACUCAUUGUACGAAAUUUCAGUUUA